CCCGUGGAAAUGCUGCUGCAGCGCAAGGGCGUCAUGGCACAAGGGUGAUGCUCACCCUUUCCUACCUGGUUGCCGGGGCAGCCUUCGGAGGGAUAAAGUCCAUCCAGGUAACUGGAAGUGCCUACUUGGCUUUUGCAUGGAGUGAAUGGGGAGGUGGGAGAUGCUGCGGCCACAAAUUGCAGGCGGGGUGUGUGUGCAUGUGUGGAUGGGGAGGUGGGCGCAUUGAACUUUGCGUGCUAUUGCCGGGGUUGGUGGUGUUGAAGGGCACUUCAGGGAGGGUGCAUUUAUUAACACUCUUUCUCUGGGCACUCUUGCCUAGAGCUGGAGAAGCGAAUCCCGGGAGAAGAGGCUGAGGAUGGUUUUGAGGUGUCUGCCCUGCACGGGGGCCAGCACAGUGCCAAAAACAGCCUGUAAUGUAGAACUGGGGAACCCUGGGCAGCCCUCCCCCUGCCCCCUGACCAAGGUGAGGCUGCUUCUCCCUCAACUGUAUUUAUGACUGUGUCUCUCUCACUGGGGGCAGGGUGGAAGGAGCAGAGCAGCCGCCACUGGCCACGCAAGCCGAAACAAAAGCAGGGGUACCAGCAUGGGACAACAAGCGUCCAUCCAAGGGUGGGGUGGGCGCAAUGGGCUGCGUUACUCUGCAUUCAGGUCCCCUGGGGCUUCCUAGCUUUCCCAUGCAGAAAUAGGACUGGGGGCAGAGGCCUGGAAGGUGUAGCGCCGGCCAUUAACCUGCCCCCUAGCCCAGCCUUGUGCCCUCCAGAUGCUGUUGGUUUCCAACCCCCAUCAGCCCCAGCCAGCAUGGCCAAGGGUCAGGGAUGCUGGGAGUUGUAGUCCAGCAAAAAGCCAACAAAUGGACACCAGGUGGGGAAAGCCAGCCUUAAACCUUUGUCGCUUUGCCUAUGGGACUGAGCUCCAUCUCUUGAGUCUGCAGAGAAUCCUGGGCAGAUGAUGCUUUGCCAGUUUUUGCUGCUUCUGUCCUUGUUCAUCAAAGCUUUUCUUGCCAGCUGCACCGCUCAUGGAGCGUCUGUGUUUCCAAAGGGAAUUGAAAAUUGGCUGCCAUUGAAUGUCCUAGGAGCUGUUGCCCUGGAUCCGUGAAACCAAGCUUGAGCUAGCAAACCGCCAAUUCUCAAUUUGUGUUUGUGUGUGUGUGCACUGCUAUCUCUGUCACCCCACCCCCUAAGUUUUAGUGUUUGGAUCUGGACGGGAGCGUAUGAGCAGCUGCGCCCUUCACAUGGCUGUGGCAUGGUUCAUGCGUGUGCUCAACGGUGUAUGUGGCUGCUUGAAGUUGAAUUGCACCUGCACAGUCCCAGAUGGCAAGGCUGUUUGCAUGAAGCGGCUUCCCCAUGCAGCUAUCCCCUCUACAAGAACAGGGCAUGGCUGAAGCUGUCCUGUCUGAGCGGAGGGAGGUCUGCUUCACACAAGUGGCUGGCUGGCUUGCUUGCUUGCUUGCUAUUCCAUAGAGCUGCAUUCUGCAACUCCCAUUUCAAGCUGUUAUACCAUAGGGAUGAGCCAGGCCCGUGUGUGCGAGAGGGCUCUAUAGGUCUGUGUUACUGGCCAGUGUUUACUCUCCUCUUGCAUAUGGACACUACAGAGACUCCUAACAGUAACUCCCUCCCCCAGGGAACUCCAUUAAUUGUUGUGGGAUGGGGGUGGGGGGUAGCGGAGGAGACGGGAAAAGAAUUAGGCAAUCUCUAACAGAGAAUUCGAAGCAAACUUUUCAAAGGGCAUUUCCCCAUUGUCUUGGGUUGACAAUUAAAAUGGUUAAAGCCAAUAUUGGUUUUAGUGCAAAUUGGGCAUAUGUAUGAGAAGGCUGUGCUUAGUGCUUUUGUUUUUCCAUUGUGUGUAGCUCAAGGAUGUUUAUACAUGUAUUCCUCCCCUGGCUGUUUAUGGGAUGGGGGAAUGUGUGUGCCUGUUCCUCCCCACCUGUGUGCUUGCUCCCUUUUAAGCGUACAGAAGAACGCAAGGGAGUUGCCACCCACCACCUGGGUGUAUUUUGGAACUAGGAAGCUGCCUUCUACCAGGUUGGGAUAAAGAAUAAUGGCAGUAAAGAUCCUUAGAAUCCAAGACAUGAACAAUGGCAAGAUCCAGAAUAUGAAAAUUGUAUUUCAUUAUUCUUAUGAGUAAGGUAAACUACAUCAGCGAAGGUACAGAAACACAAAACCAAAUGAUACAAAUCAGAGGAAAGCAUGCCAGUAGAGAAAAAUCCAUUUUGCCUGCUCAAUCUUUUUCAAUUCUGCUUUCUCAAUAGUCAGAAUUGACUUUUUAUCUACCUGUCUGCUGUCUUCUGAAUUAUAUUAUUUAGUUUUGUGUUUCUGUAUCUUCCUUGGUGCAGUUUAUGUUUUAUAGAUCACCAUUAUAAUACAGUGGAUUUUUUUAUAUAGUCUGGGCCUUGUAAUUGUGUAUGCUUUGCUUCACAUAAUGUUGGACUAUUGGUCCAUUAUCUCAUGCCAGUUGGCUGCAUCUUUCCAAAAUUCCAGGCAGGCAGCCUUUCCCCUCCUUACCUAGAAGUGCCAGAGAUUGAACCUGGCACCUUUGGCAUGCAGAGCAGGUGCUCUGCUACAGAGCCUCAACUCGUCCCUUAUUUAUGGGUUCAGUACAUGUAUCUGUGCCUCCUCAUCUGUGUUUGAGAUGGCACCGAUGAUGACAGUGAUGAAGAUGUUAUAGAAGAGUAAUGAUUGCUUCACAUGCAUUAUUGCAAUAAUCCUUACGUGACUGGCAUUACGAGUAUAAUGAUGGGGAAUGCAUGCUUCCACCCUUCCCUUUUCUACAUGUGUAUAAAAAUGUUUCCUUGCCCUGUGCUGGGCUCCUUUUUCUCUCUCCCUAUCUGUCUUGCCCACCCCUAUCCCCCACCCCAGGAAUUUGAUAAUGCCGAGGGAGAAGAGUAUGCUAGUGAAUUCUCAGCCCAGGGCUCACCCGCUACCCAGAAUGGCCCAGAGGUUUACAUUCUGCCUCUCACCGAAGUCUCCUUGCCCAUGUCCAGGCAACCUGGGCGCUCAGGUAAGUUGCUGAACCCUCUGCAUUUCGGAUUUUGUCCACCCUUUCAGUUUUAGCAACGGUGCACAUUUGCAACAUGCAAAAUAAGAGCAUGACCUUCGAUUUUCACACGGCUAACCAAACCUGGAAUCUCCAUUCUUGCAAUAAUGAGUAUGGAACAGAAGUUCUGUUCUUGCAAUAACGAGUAUGGAUUAGAAUCCCCCCCCCCCAAAAGUGGGCAGAAAACUCCUUCCUUUAACCUUCGUGAUUUUGCACUGUUCACUAUGGUUGAAAAGAUGUAAUGGGUUGCCUAUGUGCACCCUCAAAGCAACUAUGUACUGACACAUUUAUUAUGGCACUAACACAUUUGUUAUGACAUACGCUUUCCUUGAUAAGAGUGCCAUGAUAAAUGUGUUAGUCUUUCAAGACUCUCUUUUGUUUUUGUUGCAAGAGGCUACUAAUACAGCUACCACCCUCUGGAAGUUUUCACCAUGCCCAUUCAGUGAUCUUACAUAUGAGUUGUUUCCUAGAGGAAGCUGUCACAGGUGUACAGAGAAAAGUGAAGCAGGUGCAGUAGUGGUCACUACUAUUGUUACCUGGUGCUUUUUGUAGAGUGACAUAAAUGAGAAGCCAAAGCCCAGCCUGCCCCAGGAGCUUACAGCCUCAGGAGAAGAGGCAGAUGUGAUCAGAAGAAUGUGGACAGUGGAAUUACACUUUUUUUUUUUAUUUUAAAAACCUCUAACCUCAGGCUUAAACAUGUGAUCUGCUGAAGAGUUGGAAGAAAUGCAAAACAGAUUAGAUGUUGUCUUUUGUAGGCAUAGGAAGAUGCAAAAUCUAGAGCUGUGCAGAGCAUACAAUCAGAACGCCAGAUGUUCCGUGCAACACAGAAGCUCUCGUCCUUUUGCCAAAAUAUGUCAGUCCAAGAAAAAUACACCUUAAGCUGUUGUAUAUUCUGUCUCAUCCCACUGGGACUUAAGGCAGCAACAAUUGCCCCUAAUGAACAGGCGAUCUUAAAGUGGCCAAAACAAGGCAGUAUGCUUACGAUGGUAUGGAUCCAAAGGUCACCAUAGGGGGGGGGUGCAACAUCUGGGUUUCCCCAAGUGUCCGUCCCCCCCACCUCCCAGCAAGAUAAAAGCUCCAAGAGAUCCCUUCUGUCUGCAGCCCUUUUAGCUCAGCUAUCUGCCAUAUAUUGCAAGGCUCCCCCCCCCACUCGCCUUCUCCUCCACACAAUGGAUGGUCUCAUUCCUGCUGCCCACAGCCCACUUGCAGCUGCUUGGUGGAUACUGUGUCUGGGGGGAUCAAGUCCUCGUUCCAGUCAUGGAGUUCGGUUCCCUUCGCCCACAUCUAUCCUCUAUGAUGUAGAUGCUUCUGUUGGCACUCACAGCAGCUGCAGCAGAGGGGGGCCGGCAGGGUUGGUUUUACGUGCGCAGUGUGCGGGUUUGUUUGCAACUUCCUGGGAGCUGCUUUCUGCCCCUCCAAGGCCCUGCCAUACAUGAGUUGUUCUUCACCAGAGGCAUUUUCACAUCUAAAAGAGUCUGUACGCAGUGCAUAUUGUAUGACGGCACCUGCCAGUUAUGCGUUUGGGGGCUUUUGCUUCCCCCGCACCUACUUCAGAAUCCUCUGCCUGCCCCCCCCAAGGGAAGAUACAGUGGUACCUCGGGUGGGUUACAUACGCUUCAGGUUACAGACGCUUCAGGUUACAGACUCUGCUAACCCAGAAACAGUACCUCGGGUUAAGAACUUUGCUUCAGGAUGAGAACAGAAAUCGUGCUCCGGCGGUGCGGCGGCAGCAGGAGGCCCCAUUAGCUAAAGUGGUGCUUCAGGUUAAGAACAGUUUCAGGUUAAGAACGGACCUCCAGAAUGAAUUAAGUACUUAAGCUGAGGUACCACUGUACUCCAAAUCCAGCAUGGAAAAGCUCCGGUGCAAGAGCACCAGGUGAAAGUGCCGGGAGCAGAAGUGGUAGCAUCUGACCUUCUUUAGUUAAGCACCGAGCAGCCCACGUUUCAGGCGCUGGUGCUUUUUGCCUGUCUCCACACCAGAUGCAACACUCUGCUGCUGUUGUUUCAUUCCCCCUUUAACUAGUAUCUUCCGGAUUGUUCCGGCUUCUUAGAUGGGCACCCCAGCCAGUGACUCGGCAGUGCCACCUUGUGGGUUCGGGAUGGCAGGGCAACCCCCCAUUUAGGCCGUGGCGGGGUGGGGUGGAGGUGGCAGGGGAGGAAAUGGGACACAAAAUAGGAAUGCAGGGCACUUCUUUCCUAAACGGGAUGCGGUACCUGAAAAUGAUCAGGCUCCUUCCAUGAUCAGGCAAGGCAGGGAACAGGGAGAUAGGCCAUCUCCAAGCCUCAGUGUAGGUGUUUGACCCCCUCAGCAGAAGUCACUCCCUGCUCCUGUGGCCUGAGAUCACUUCCUCUCCUCCGCUACCUCUGGAGACAAAGGCCUUUUGGUCCCCAAGUCCCACAGGCCCCGCAUUCCUUCCCAUGUGACCUGGCGAAGGAAUCCAAGGCUUGCUCUGCUGUGUGGGAUUGAGCCAGCUAGCUGGACAGCGACUCCCCUCUGCUUUGCCCACACAAUUCUUGCCUGGUGCAGCCCUGCUGUGCACUAAAUGGGCCCUCAGAGAAUGGGUCCAGUGUCCAGAUACAGCCAUCGCCGCUGGGCGCAACAAUGGGGCCUUUGCUUCUCUGUGUGAUGGGGAGCAGUGGCGUCUGGCACUGAGGGGGCGAAGGGGUGGCACCGCCUGCUUUUUUGGGGGGAGGAGGGACAUGGGACUGCCCAGAAGGGUGGACACGACACAGCCACUUUCUGCUGCCUGGAGGCUUGGAAGUUCGCCUGUCUAUAGCAGAAGGCUCCUCCUGCGUAUAUGCGUUUGAGAGAGAGUCUCGCUCACCUUCAGUCCUGGAUCUACCAACGGGGUAGAGAUGCAGCAAAGUCACGUAGCCUGGCCUCAGGAGCAGCUGAGGUGUCCGCUUCUCUCUGCUGAUCCCCGUGUGCCUGAUCCUUUGGGAAGCUUCCUGCCCCAGACCCCGCUCUUCUGCGGAAAGUUAGGAUGAGGCAGCAGGCAGGGAACAAGUUGGCAGGGCAUGCAGAACUUCAAACCGCUCUGUAUGCUCCUUCACAGUGCAGCUGCUCAAAUCCACUGACCUGGGACGCCAUAGCCUGCUAUACCUCAAGGAAAUUGGCCAUGGAUGGUUUGGCAAGGUAAGCUCCUCACCUGAGACUGAUCCCAUAUUGUUGAUUUAUACUGAUCCCAUAUUGUUGAUCCCAUAUUGUUGAUUUAUUUAAGGAAUAGAUUAGGUUUGACACCCCUGUCAGAGACGACAAUUAACAGCCCUUUGUAUAUUGAUUUAUCUUGCCUGCCUGCCUACUUACUUUUUGGCAUCUGUUUUUUUUUUAAAAUAGUGCCUGCCUCAGUGACCCCAAAGCCAAUUGUGAGAGCUGGCCAUGGGGUGCCCCUAACUGGACAUGGGUUGUGUCCCAGGUCCUUGCAAAUGCUGGUGGAGUGUAGAGCAAGGAGAGGCCUCUUUUUCAUGUUACAUUUUAAACUUAAGUAAGAUGCAUUGAAAGAGGGAGAAGGCAAAUUGUUUAAUCUGUUGAAAUGUAGUGUGCAAUAACUUCAGCUCAGGUCUGGGGCUUGGCGGGGGGGUGGGGGGGUGGGAAUGUAGGCCUGAGAAUGCUGAGCCUGUUCAUAGUUUUCCCCGAGUUGCUUUUGUCACUUGGGGAGUUGUCCCAUUUGCUCAAGCAGUUGGACACAACUCACAUUGUGAUUGCUGAAACAGCAUCAGAAACCGUGGGUCUGCAUACCCCUCGGCUUAUGCGUUGGCUCAGUCGAGAGGAUGGAUGACAUGGAAAAGUGGGGAGGGGAAUUGAGAGCAGGGAGGGGAAAUAAAUUUCUUAUAUUCACUGGAGAAUUACAAUGGACCAGAAACUUAGAUUUGAGCUGCAGCUGCAGUGGUCACCUGCUUGGCUGCUCACCUGGCAUUUUGCAACAGCCUUGCUAUCUUAACAGAUACUGAGAGAUAAUGGCACUUUCUGGCCCAUGCAGUGGCACUGCCCUAUAGCAGGAGCCCAAGGUCCCAGUCCAACAGGCUAAUGCCCUCUGUCUCUCCCAUCCCAGGUGUUCCUCGGUGAGGUGAAUGCAGGGCUGAGCAGCACUCAGGUGGUAGUGAAGGAACUCAAAGCCAGUGCCAGUGUUCAAGAUCAGAUGCAGUUCCUGGAAGAGGCCCAGCCUUACAGGUAAGCUCCCCAGGGCCUUUCUGUAAUAAGAAACAUUGUUGUUGUUUUUAAUUGCUGCAUUUGUACUCCCAGGUGUGUGCUUGUGGGAUUUUCUGUCUCAGGUGUCAAAGUAACUUGGCCAAACUUGGGCGCUAUGCACUUUGUCCUGGGGAAGUGGCUCCACUUGCUGUUCCACCUGAGGCAGUGGAACGUCUUGGGCCGGCCCUAUUGAUGACCUUGGCCAGGAGAGAAAGAUUAUAAGAGGACCUGUGUUAUGUGGCUUGGGGUUUUAAGUCUUCCCCUGAGCCGGAGUGGAAAUGUGCUUCUGGAAACUUGCUUGCCUUCUAAAUAAGUACCACUUUCCCAUGGAGGUGCCCAGAGAAACUUGACAAUGUUAAAGAAUAAAAGUAUAUGAGAUGAUCGUAAGAGCUAUUCAUUCAUCCUCCCCCCCCCACACACUCUACCUUAAUUUCCAUGCCCAAUUGGGAGAACACAGAUGAGCCCCCAUUGACCCGUUCCCCUUCCUGCAGGUCCCUGCCACCAUUCCGGAAUGUGGUGGGGGCUCAGUUGCCUGCAGCAGGGAGCUUGCUCUGCUUGACUAGGCUCUCUGUACUAUUUAGACCCUGACACAUUGCAGUGUUGUCCUUGUAUACAACACAAUGACCAAAACAAACUACAAGCAGUGAGAUACACCCUGUAGAAUCAACCAACAAUGAAAACUAGCAGCAGAUUUUGGAACUAAAAAAUGUCGAAACCGGUGGCAGAAGUAGUUAAGGCAUUACAAAUGUAAAAUCCUAGUAAAAAUGAUGGCGUCAACUUAUUAUACAAGACAUUUAGACGGAGCUUGACUGAUCUCAAAUGCUUACUGUAUAGCCCAGUUGCCUAAAGGUGUGUGCUUGGGAAUUUUUGUUAGCACCGUGCAGGACUUACAUCUAAAACGUGUUUUUUCUCUUUCCUGACAACUUCAAAGUAUCCUUGCACCUUUUUCCACACACAAUUAAUCCAGUAUUACUAAUAUUUCCUGGUUUUGUGUCAUUGGCCCCCAAGGUAUUAACACGCUUGAGGCACCUGAGGAAAAUGUACUCCUUCUAAGCAACCCAAUUCUCUGUAUCACCUGCCGGGAAAGCUGUUCUGUGUUAAAACGAUUUGCAGCGUAUACCCCCGGGCUGGAAGGAAGUCAAAGGGGCUGCCUUUUGGAUUCGAGAGGCAUUGUCCGGGGGAAGGGGAGGGAUGGGACAGUGCUGGGAAAGCGAUGAAUUACCGUACCGACUCAUGAACAAACUCCCCUAUUGUCCUUGGCCGUGCUGUGGUGGCUGGCACAGCUUAGGACCCAUUUAUUCGCGGACAGUACAGGGCUGUGCCAUAGGAGCCCCUCCCUGUCCCCGCAUGAACCUAUUGUGUGAGUUGUUUGGAAAGGAGGGGAGAGGAGAGCACACCCUGGAGCAAAUCUCUCUUUCUCAGCUAACCUACUUGGGGCUUCACCUGUAGGCCCAGCCUGCUCCUUCUUGGCUGCCCUGGCCCCAAUGGCUUCCCUAAGGAUCCUCCUAUCGCCUUGCUCCCCGAGUCUCCUUUUCCUUUGAUCUGCAGUGCUGCUGAUGCAAUUCCCUGCCUGGACUCUUUCCUUUCCUUUCUCCCCCUCCCCUUUCAGUCCCAUUUCACUCUCCUGCUUUCUCUCCUGCUCUCCCCCUGUUUCACAGGGCACUCCAGCAUACCAAUCUCCUGCAGUGCCUGGCCCAGUGUGCAGAAGUGACGCCCUACCUGCUGGUGAUGGAGUUCUGCCCAUUGGUGAGUCAUUGCUAGAGGGGAGUUGCACGCUUCCUCUCCAUCCCCCACCCCACCCCCCAAAAACCCCUGCUGCUGUGGGCCUCCCCUGAGCUUUGGGGGGCAGGUAAGCAACAAGACUGUGGCUGGCCGAGAGCCAAAUCCUUGUUUAGGUUCAUGUCGUAUCUCUCUCCUGACUCUCGCUUGGGUCACAUGAAACCAUUUGCUCACUUCCAGAGGGGUUUUUUCUGCUGUUGCGUUCUUUGGGGGAAUCUGUGGCUCUCUGGGUAAUGUUAGACUCCAGUUCCCAUCAUCCCUAAUGGUCAGGAAUGAUGAGAGUUGCCGUUCAAUAACAUCCGGAAGGACACAAGGUUUUGUAUGCCAGGUGUAUGUACGCUCUCCCAAAUAUGCUUUGUUUUACCUAGUUUGAUGGAAGGGACGCGGGUGGCGCUGUGGGUUAAACCACAGAGCCUAGGACUUGCCGAUCAGAAGGUCAGCGGUUCGAAUCCCCGCGACAGGGUGAGCUCCCGUUGCUUGGUCCCUGCUCCUGCCAACCUAGCAGUUUGAAAACACAUCAAAAGUGCAAGUAGAUAAAUAGGUACUGCUCUGGCAGGAAGGUAAACAGCGUUUCCGUGCGCUGCUCUGGCUCACCAGAAGUGGCUUAGUCAUGCUGGCCACAUGACCUGGAAGCUGUACGCCGGCUCCCUCGGCCAAUAAAGUGAGAUGAGCGCCGCAACCCCAGAGUCGGUCACAACUGGACCUAAUGGUGAGGGGUCCUUUUACCUUUACCUAGUUUGAUAGUGGGUGGAUGCUCCUACUUUAGAUACAGGGUUUGACUGAGAGACCAUUGCAUCUUUGAAUUCUGUGGUGUAUUUUUUCCUCUGUGGGGUACUGGCGGUUUAGUGUAGGGCUGGGUAAACCUCUUCCCUGCUCCUGGCACUCAGAUGUUGCUGGACUCUCACUCCCAUCCACCCCUGGUCCAUUGGUCAUGCUGGCUUGAGCUGAUGGAAAUUGGAGUCCAGCAACACCUGGAGGACCACAGACUUCCCUAUCCCUGGGUUUGGUGCACAUGGCUCUCCCUCACCUCGGGCCUUCUUUGGGGCUUGGCUCCCACCCCCUUGGCUGCAUUGCAGAGAUGCUUUCUCUCUCUUGUUCUCCUCCAACCCACCCAAUUGAGACCGCACAAGAAAGGUCUGUAGGCAGUGGUGCCCAUGGGUAACGUUGUUGCUGCUGCUGCCACCCUGACAGGGUGACCUGAAGGGCUACCUGCGGAGCUGCCAUGCGGCCGAGGCACUGGCACCGGACCCUCUCACCUUGCAGCGUAUGGCCUGCGAGGUGUCCUGCGGCCUGCUGCAUCUUCACCGCAACAACUACGUGCACAGGUGAGUCAGAGUUCCUGUCUCAUUCCUUUGCCACACUUUCACAUGGGAGUGUGUGGAGUAGGGGUGGGGAAGAAUCCUGGGAAAGGGGCCCAGUUCUUCAUUGGGGUUGACAGGGGAGCACCAGUGGUAUCAGUAAAGCGCUAAGCCCAAAGUGCAGCAGGAAAUAAAAUGGGAUGUGCACGCAGUGGUUCACGGAGCAGCAGGUGUCAAAGCCACCCUGUGGAAGUUGCUGUAUUCCAUGCCAGACCAUUGGUCCAUAUAGCUCAGUUUUGUCUACACCAGUGUUUCCCAAACUUGGGUCUCCAGGUGGUUUUUUUGGACUACAACUCCCAUCACCCCUAGCUGGUCAGGGAUGGUGGGAAUUGUAGUCCAAAAACCAGCUGGACUGGAGACCCAAGUUUGGAGAACACUAGUCUACACCGACUGGUAGCAGCUCUUUGUCAUUUUAGACAGGAGUAUUUGCCAGCCCUACUUAGGAGGACUGAACUUGGAAUCUGCUGCACCUAAUUCCACCACUGAUGAUCUCUUUCCAUAUGACGGUGUUGCCAUGUUUAUGAAUGCAGCAUGAGGUGGGGUGUUUGGUUCCUGGUGGCUGGAGGUGGAUGUGGUGAUGAUCCACAGAAGCAGAGAUGAGGCUUUCAUUUCCGCUUUUGGAUUUUCUGAAGGGUUCAUGGGCUGAGAAAUGGGAAGCCUUUGGUUCAUGCGGUGGAAGUUUUGGCCUAAGGGAGAAAAUGAGCCCUAAGGUCCUAUGUGGGGAGUGAAGUUAUGUGGACUUAUGGCCAGUGUGUGCAAGGUAUGGCAUGUGUCGCUUGAUAGCUUUGUUCUGCAACGGCGUUCUUGUCUUCUUCCUGUUUGCCCUUCCCGGAAACGUGGGGCUCCAGCAUGCAACUUGCACUCCAGGAAGAAACCAUCCCGCUGUGGAUACCCUUCUGCAGAUCCUGAUCUCCUCCCGUCACCCUGCUCCUCCUCCCCAACAAUAUCCUGGUGCUGAGUGAGUGGCACUCAAGAGACUCCAGCAUCAGUGAUUUUGUUGAAGAGGCUGAGCUCUGCCAUCUUCUGAGGAUGGGAGUCCUCCUCCUUUCGGGGAAGUGCACUGAGCUACAAACUGGAUGUCCCGAGGCUGAAUUUUGCCUCUGCCAUGAUCUCACUUUGUGGUCUUAGAUGAGUCCGUCCCCCAUUCCCACCUACCCCUCUCGCUCCCUAAAGGUACAAAGGUGUUUUUAGGAACUAGGCUUUGCAAGUCUGCACAGGCAAGAGCAGAUCGAAACGCUACAUCCUUCAAAGAUACAGCUUUGCUGUAGGGACAUUGUUGGGGAAUCAAGAGGGAGGCAGGCAGUUGACUGUGAAUUCAGACUGCUGUCGAUGAUGCUCAGAUUGCACCUUUCUCUAUGGAGUUGGCUCUUGGUGCAUUUCAGUGGCUAGUCAACCAAUGGCCAGCCAGAGAUUCACCAUUGGUCUUGGUGAGCUAAGCAAACCUGAUGAGGGCAUAUUUGGGAUUCUGCCCUGGCACAUCUGGUCAGCCCUUUCCCACUCCCCGGCCCCAUAGCUCCUGUUGGCCUGAUCUGGGUCACAAUGCAUGAGCUCCCUUGGCCGGCCUGUCGCUUCACGCCUUCCGCUGUGUAAUCUUCGCUGGGCGUUUCUUUUGUCUAGUGACCUGGCGCUGCGGAACUGCUUACUCACGGCUGACCUGACAGUCAAAAUCGGCGACUACGGCCUCUCUCAUUGCAAAUACAAAGUAAGUCUGCUUUGGGGGCGGGAGCCGGACAGGGAGCACAAGCCAGCGUCAUUGGUGGGGUUUGUGUUCAGGGUCCCCGCAAGGCUGAUGGCGGGAGCAGCCUUCUUGGGGAUGAGGGGCAACUUGGCUCUCUUGAGUGCAAACAUUUUAAGGGGAGAAAAGGCAGGAGGAACAAGUGGUUGGCAAACAGGUGGUUGCCUGCUUCACCUGGAGGCAGGCUGGAAAGUGGGGAUUGCGAUUCUCCCAGCAACAGUGUGAACAUGUCUAAGGCCAAGCAAAAGGGAUAGGGAGAGGUAGGGGACAGUCUUAGUGGAGACAGUCCUAUUCUCCAUCACCAGCGGUUCUUGGGUGCAGGGGACUAGGUCACCUUUAUCAUAGAAUUAUAGAGUUGGAAAGGAUUCCAAGGGUCAUCAAGACCCUGCAACGCAGGAAUCUCAGCUGAAGCAUCCACGACAGGUCGCGAUUGCUGUUUCUGUUGGUGCCGGUUUGACGUUGUCUUGCUUUGCCCCUGCAUGCCUGGCAGGAUGACUACUUUGUGACGGCUGACCAACUGUGGGUACCCCUGCGCUGGGUGGCGCCUGAACUCAUCGACGAGGUGCAUGGCAACCUGCUUAUUGUUGACCAGACCAAGACCAGCAAUAUCUGGUGAGAAAAUCAGGGGUGGUACGGGUGGGAAGGAGCCGUUCCUGGGGUGUGUGAUCUUGGGAGGAUGGGAUAGCAGCAACGUGAACCCUUAGGCCAGAUUUGGGAAGGGGGGCAGUGAUUUUACUGAGCCAGGUAAACAUCUCUUACAACAUCUCAUCACUAAGUAAUAUUUUACAGUGGCUGCGAUCCAAGUUUUAUUUUGGUAGCCCCACAAGCCAGCAGGCAACUCUCUGGCUUCGGUUACAUUUUGCUCGAAAACAACCGAACGGAAACCUUUGGCCAGGAAAACUGCGAUUACAGUGCAACAUGGGAUAUGCCUGCUGAGUUUGCUCCUCCUGUGUGAUGUGCACCUUGGUAAAUCUCCCUGCUGGGCUACUGUAGUACAUUCUACAUGGGACGACUACUGAAGGCGCAACUGGUCCAGAAUGCAGCUGGAAUAAUUUCUCUUGGUAGCUGCAAGGAGCACGUAUUUGGUUUUAUUGGCUGGUGUAAUUGUUUGGGUUCCUUUCACCUUAUUUUCCCCUUCCCACAGUUUUACCUGCAUUUUCAUUGUAAUUUGAUUCUGCGUCUCUCCCCCCCCCCCCACUUAAAGAUAGUCGUCCCUUUUGAAGGGGGAGCUGUGCAUUUGCCAAACAAAUAAAUGCAACAGCCCUGGGUUCAAAGGUCCUGGGUGACCCGGCGCUCUCCCUCUAUGGUGGUGCCACCUGCCACUCGUGUGUGCUUUGAGCCCCCUCUCUCUUGGCAGGUCCUUGGGCGUGACCAUCUGGGAGCUCUUUGAGCUGGGCAGCCAGCCCUACUGCCACUACUCGGACCGGCAGGUGCUCACUUACGCCAUCAAGGAGCAGCAGCUUAAACUUCCUAAGCCGCAGCUCCCACUCUCACUGUCAGACCGCUGGUGAGUGAAGGCGGGGCCCUCGGGGGGAGGGCACAGCAUCCCAUGAGGGGCAGAGGUGGCCAGCAGGCACUAAAUGACAAGCGUGGAGGAGGCUGGACCGUAGGCAGGUGGGAUCAGGUGUGUGGGUAGGCAGAUGCUGAUAAACGUCUUUGGUGCCAGACUCCCAUCUUAGCCCUCUUGCUAGCGAACAGCACACCAAGCCGCCAGGACUGGCAAAUUGCAUGCUUGGUAAAUGUAUUCUUUAAGUAAGGAGCAAAAAGGCUGCCACUCAGUGGGUAGAGCACAAGCUUUGCUGGUAGUCCCACAAGCCAGUGGGCACUCUCUAACAUAGUUCCAGCACCUCUCAGGUGGGCACCCAAGGGAGGCAUUCAUGGUGACUAUUUCUAGAAAAAUAGUACUGAUUACGUCCUUAUUUCAGGCAUUGUGAUAUAUCGGUACAUCACAGUGUUUAGCUGGGGAUAUAUCACAACGCUGAAAGCCAGACAUUGCUCAGCCCUAGCGCAAGGUUAGCCACACCUGGUCUAAAAGGGUGGCUUUAGGGGCGUGCAGAAGAGAAAGAGUUUCACUAGGGAAUUGGGGUAGCAAGGAGCAUGUUGCCAAGUAGGAGCAGAUUGUGGAUGGAGGAAGGCUGGCUCUGCGAAUGAUGUAAUUGCUGACCGUUGUCCCCAGAGCAAAGGAGCAACCGAGUCUCACCUCUCCUCUGCUCUUCCCUAUGCACAGGUACGAGGUGAUGCAGUUUUGCUGGCUGCAGCCAGAGCAGCGCCCCACUGCUGAGGAGGUGCACCUCCUGCUCUCGUACCUGUGCGCCAAGGGAGCGUCGGAGGCUGAGGAGGAGUUUGAGCGGCGCUGGAACUCCAUGAAGCCUGGCGGCGGUGGCGGUGGAGGAGGCGGCUCGGGCUCGGGCUCCAGCCACGUGGGCGUUGAGCUCUCGUCCUUCCCCCUCCUGGAGCAUUUCUCCAAUGAUGGCGACGACGUCCUGACCGUCAUGGAGACGAGCCACGGCCUGAACUUUGAGUACAAGUGGGACCAAGGGAAGACUGAGCACCUCCCGGCCUCAGCUAUGAGCCCUCGCGACGCUGCGCGUUACCACGAGCUCUACUAUGCCGCCAGCGGCAGCAGCAGCGGAAGAGGGGACGGCAGGCACCUCAGCCUGGGGGUCUCGCCCUCCUGCUACGAGUGCAAAGUGCAGGGCUGCCCUGGCCUGCACACGCCAGGUGUGGUGCCCGUGCUGAGCGCCCACAGCCCCUCCCUGAACAGCGAGUACUACAUCCGCAUCGAGGAGGCGGCCUCUGAGGGCAGCGGGACGGACCUCGACUACACCAUGUGCUCCUACAGCCCGGAGUUUGGCCGCCCCUCCCACUGGCAAGCCAAGGAGGGCUGCUACGAGUCGAACAGCAGCCCCACCGUCUCACUCACCAUGGAGCCCCUGCUGGGGCAUUCUGGUGCACAUGGGGACAGCGGCCACUGGGAGCCCCCUGACUACUACUCCUAUGGAGGGCAAGGGGACAAGGAGGCCUCGCCGUACUACGAGGCCUCCCUGAAAGAUGGCCCUGAGGACUACCUGCUUGAGGAGCACGGGGCUUCCGAGUGGCCUGUGGCAGCUCCUCAGAAAAGCAUAUUUGCUGACCCGCUUGGUGUUUCGCCCUCGGUGGGCUACGUCUACAAGGAGGAGGCCGCAGUGGCAGACUCAGUCACUCUGGAACUGGGAGAGGAGGAGGAAGAGGAGGAGGAGGAGGAGGAGGAGAACUCGUGUGGCAGUCCUGGGAGCGAAGGGGAUGAGAACAGCGGGUCCCCUUCCUCCAGCAAGCACUGGACGUCCAACACCUCCGCCAAUAACAACAGCUGCCACCUGCUGCCGCCGUGUGAGCCACCUGCCAAAGACAGCUGGUGCUACCGCCACAUGAUCACUUUCCAGGGGCUCAUGGCAGAGCCGCUGUGUACUGUACCCCGUGACGGCCCCACGCUAGGCAUCGAGGACUUGCGAGCGGCCCUUCUGGGUGAGGAGCGGGUGGCAUCAUCUCACACGGGCUCCCCCUGCCUGGACACCGACUUGCCUUCAGAGGAACGAGCGUCAGCCAAGAUUGCCAGCGUAGAGAUCGGCGCAGGCGAUGCCACGAAUCCCUUGACCGAGAGCGGGGUGGAGUGCCUCCUGGCUGCCACCACUCCACCACCACCAGGGGACAUGGAUUCAGUGGCGUCAGUGCUGGAACCUGUCAACAACACGGACGCACGGAUGCCAGAGGAGGAGGCACCAGGAACUGGGGAAGACCCCGUCGUGGUGGAAGAGGCCUCGGCCGAAUGCUCACCCAAGGUGCUGCGAGAGAUCAAUGUGGACAGUGGCAAGAACACCACGACCAGUGAGCAGGACAGGACACCAGACAAGACGGUUUCCAGCGCCAGCUUCCCUGACUUGGAUGAGGCCAGUGACGAGGACACGGCUGAGCUCACAUCUGGGGUCUUCACUGACUUCCCAGUUGAUUGUACCGAGCGGCAGGACGUCAUCGUCACCCUCAAGUCCUUGCAGAAGCAGGUGGAGACCCCUGACUCGCUGGAGUCGCUGGACAUCCCCUCCACCACCAGCUCCUGCGAGGCGUUCAGCCCCACGGCCUACGUGCCCUCGAGCCAGCCUAAAGCCUUAGACAGCGGCUACGACACAGAGAACUACGAGUCGCCUGAAUUUGUCCUGAAGGAGCCUCAUGAGCCACGGGAGCCCGAGGCCUUCACCCAGCUAGAAAAGGCACCGGAUGGCCCCGAGGGCCCAGCCAAAGAGCUGAGCCUCUCCAACUCCUUCAGCGCUGAGCUGCAGGCCUUAGACGAGAAGAACCCUUACCGUGACUCGGCCUACUUCUCCGACUACGAUACCGAAGGGGGGACUCGGGAGGACGGGGAAGGGGACAGUGAUGGUUCUGAGGGGCACGAGCCAGAGCUCCCCCAGGCGGACGUUGGAGAGUUGGGGAAGGACCCCGCCCAAAAUAGCUCAGGCAAGUCUCGGCCUACCUUGCUUGAGCCCACUUGCCCACAGGAAGACGGCAUGGGGUGUACCUUUCCUCCAGCGACUAGCGACCAGGGCACGGGGACAAGCCUGUCACAAGAGCUGGUAGUGAAUGGAGCCAUUGUUGCUGAGCUGGACUCAUCCAGAGGCAAGAGCGACGAGGCUGUUGCCCUGCCCCAGGUGCCACCCCCCGCCACCAGGUCCUUUUUCUUGUCUCCUGUGGUUGCGAGUCCGGAUGUGCCGAAUGGGGCUUGUGAGGGAGAUGUGGGGACGGGGAGCAAUGCAGUGGCAAGGGCAGCAGAGGAACCCGGGGAAGGGCAGGAACGAUGCUGCCCUGGCGAGCAGCCCCAGAGCAGCCCUGGGCUCUCUCUGGACCUUUCGUCGGUGCCAUCUCGGCAUCCGUCUGUCCCUGCCGAGCUCGAGGAAGAGGAGGAGGACACGGAGGACAGCGAUGAGUCGGACGAGGAGCUACGGUGCUACAACAUCCAGGACCAGAGCGAGGAGAGCGAGGAGGAGCUGCCCGCUGUGCCCAUUGUGGUGGCCGAGAGCCACAGUGCCCGCAACCUGCGCAGCCUGCUCAAGAUGCCCAGCCUGCUGGUGGAGACCUUCUGCGAUGACCUCGAACGCAAGAAGAAAGCCGUCUCCUUCAUCGAAGAUGUCACCGUCUACCUCUUUGACCAGGUGAGUUGUUUUCUGGUGGCCUGGAGUUGACAACCGGAAGAGGCCCUCAAGUAUGCUUUAGCAUACUCACAAAUCAAAAGUUGUGUGCCUCUUUUGUAGGAAACGCACACUUUUUGUGCAUUCUGCAAUUUCCAUUCUGCAAGCAACAGAAACACCCCACAGCUAUAAGCAUCUGCUGACCUCUUAACUAAGUAUAUUUUUCAUCAUUUGUUUCGAAAGGUGCUGGUUACCAACAUCCCCUAAUUUUGAUCGUAGUCUUGCAAGUCUGGACAAAGAAACCUUCAUCCUAAGCCUCAGAUCUUAAUUUGAACAUGAUUCUCAAUUGUUGUGUUUUUUUUAAAAAAAAUGUUGUUUUUUUAAAAAAAGAGUUACAUUAAUAUGGGAGUGACCCAAACUUUUUGCAAGGCCUGGGUUUGAGAACGGGGGGCGGGGGGCGUUAAUUAUGGCAGCUACCCUUGGAGCAAAUAAGGCUAGGAGGGUGUUUAUUCCCUAGAGGGCAAACUGGAUCCCAGAAGUUGCUCCCAGGAGACAAUGAGGUAAUUAUGUCCAUUUGUAUCUUCUGCGUGCAGGAAAGCCCCACGAAGGAACUGGCAGAGCAUCCUUUCCCGGGAGUGACAGAACCUCCUGUGGCGCCACCUGUGCAUAAGGACAGCAACGGUUCCCCAAGCCCAGCAGAGAGAACAGAUGCCCCCAGCAGUUCCUCGGAAGGGAGCACCUCUGAAGAGAGUAAGGGUAGGAAACCAGAAGGGAACUGAGCAGGCUCUGGGACGGCCCUGAUGUUUUUCCAUCACGACACCUGCACAGGCUGCUUUUCUGAGCUCAACCCAUCUAGAUUUGCUCUUGGGUGCAAUAUUUUUGCACCGCUUCACUAUGCAACGGAGUUGGGGCACCUUCCAGAUGUUGUCAACUCCCAGCAGCCUUUAUAGCCAUUGGGUUGGGUCAGACCUGGGGAUGAUGGGAGCUGUAGUCGAUGACAGCUGGAAGGCCAUGUGUCACUUGAUUGGACAGAUUAUGGUCUGCAGAUUCCAGCCUCUGUGCAUUGCUCCAAGCCAGCGGUUCUCAACCUGCGGGUCCCCAGAUGUUGGACUACAACUCCCAUCAUCCCUGAGCUCUGGCCUUGCUAGCUAGGGGUGAUGGGAGUUGUAGUUCAACAACAUCUGGGGACCCACAAGUUGAUAAAGGCUGCUCCAAGCAGCAGCUUAUGUAAAGCAACCUGCAUUUGGCCACUAGAGGGGGAUAGAAAUUGGUCCUGCACAGCAAGACCUUUUGGACUAGUAGGAACUUGGCGAUGCAGCAAUUGGACAGGAGGCUAACAGGAAGCAGCAGAGGACAAUUGGCCAAGCGGGGAUGGGGUGGGAUUUUGGGCCCAGCUCCUUACCCUUCCACUGUGUGUCUUCCCUCUUCAGGUGGUGGUUUUGAGUGGGAAGAUGACUUUCCCCUCAUGGCAGUGAAAGCAUCCGUCAUGCCAUCGUUGACGUCGGCGGCACCUGAGCCUGCCCUCCCCGGACUGCCACCCACACUAGUGCCAGCUCAGAAGCAGGUGCUGCCCAUCCAGUUUUCACGCUUCACAGUCUCACCUGCCCCCGUGUCAAGGUUCUCCAUCACACACGUCACUGACUCGGACGCCGGGUCUGUAGGAGGUAAGGGGCAUUCAGGUAGCAGAAGAAGGGGGCCCCAUUGAGAAGGGGUGAGCCCAGAAGUCUCAAGACUGUAGCUCUUUCUUUCCCUGGGUCUGGAGGAAAUGUCUGUCAAGCAACAUGGCCUGGCCUAGAUGUCACAUGAUCAACACCAGGAAAUGGAGGAAUAGUUAAACAUUGAUAGGAAAUGGGGAGCAGUCCUGAUUUCCAUGGAAAUGCUGUUGAGUGAUUUUACUGAUGGCACUUAAUUGGACCACCAGUUCAUAAGAAUUAAUUCAACCAAGGCCAUGUUUGUGUGAAAUAAUUUCAGUAUACCAAGUGCACUAAAUAAAACACCCCACAUUUUGUAAUGUUCACAGCAAUUGAAUAGGGCUAUACAUCUGUUUUUAAGAGAGAUCCUUUCUAAGAACCUUUUGUUCACAUGGACCUUAGAGGCCCUUGCUCCCACUUCCAAGGUGCCUUUGUCUACCGAGAAAGAGUGUGAUUGCUCGCUUUGUAGGAAGUAGGGCCAGGAGAAUAUUCCCCUACAACUUCACUGAAUUGAUCCAUGGUUGUUGGGAUGGACAUUGUGUGUUCCUGUUCUCAAAAUAUAACUGAAUGGGGGAAGACCUAAGACACUCCAGAAUGAACAACUCCUCUGGAAGCAUCUAAGGAUGUUUGCCCAUGUUCAUUUGGGCACAGCCCGUUCUGUUAAACCCACUGGGAUCAUGUUCAGGUGCACCAUCAGUGAUAGGCAAGUGAAGGAACUACAGGCAAAUUAUGGACUCCUCUCUGGAUUACAAGCUCUGGCCAGCAAGGGUCAGGUUGCACAGCAUAAUCUGGGUUGGGUUAUGCAAUGGUGACUGGCGCCCAUUGGGAGUGGUAGGAAGGACGGCAGGGAGGCCAACAGUAGGGGGAGCCAGAGCCAAUGACAGUAGCCUGGACUGGUGGUAAAUAGCAAGGUAGGUAGAUGUGGUUUGACUGAGGGCAAAACCCCAUUCAUCUACCUUCGCUGAGUGCCUGAGGCGGAAUUUUUUGAAUGGGGCUUCUGCGUCCAAAGCAACAUAAGAUGCAAGUCUGCUUGCACUCUGUUCUAUGUUGGGGAACCUUAAUUGUAUUCGUCCUUUAAAAAACACACAAAAAUAAUUGUAGAGUGGGGUGAGUGGCUGGCGGCGUGAACUGUAAAAUUGGCUUAAGUCAUGAGGGCUGGGCUGGGAAUUUGUCUCUCCUUUGGUUCUCAACAGCCUUCACAGCCUUGCAUUUCAUGCGGUAAGAAUGGAUUCUGCAACUUGGAAAGCUAUGCAGAGGAGAGGGGACAUACAAGGCCUCCUUUAAGGUUGUGACGCUGCAUUACUAACUCCACCUUUUCCCUUUUUUUUUUUAGGAAGCAGUGAAAACAGAGGCGACAGAGAAUGAGCUUAGCCAUGGGCUUGAUUUUGGACUUGCCCCCUUCAGCAUCGGUUUCUGCAUCGGGGCUAAGGAAUAAGGAUGGAGGCCCAGAACUUGGGUGGAGCAGAGAACUCCACGGUGGUGGUGAUGGGGGCUCACUCUUACUAUAUAUAUUUUUUUCUUUUUUAAGAGGCGGAUUUUAUUGGACAGUUCUUGACUGCUGCUAGGCUGGAGAUGCCCCACGGCGUGGCGAUUUUGUGACAAGCGUGUGGAUGUGAGGGUGUGUGUGUGUGUGUGUGUGUGUGUGUGUGUGAGGGUGUGUAUAUGUACAGAUAGACAUAUAGACAUAUAGAACCUAUAGCAUUUAAAGGGUAGAGCUGUGACCUUGCUAACAUCGCUGCCCCCUCCACCCAAGCCAUUUUGAUACCCCCCUCCUCCCUCUCCAGCUCAUGCCUCUUGGAUGUUUCGACCUACAUUGGCUUCCCAAAUUGGGGCACUGCCUUGAGAUCACCACCACCUUUUCUUCCUCCUGCCUGUUCUUGUAAGCUUCUCAUGUGUGUUUUCCAAGCCCAGCACGGAAUAGAGAGCGGAAGCAAGAGAGCACAUAGCCUUGCACCGUGUCAUUCAGACAUGCUUAAAUUUGGCCCUUGAAAGCUGAGUACUCCUUCCUUCCUUCUCUCCCUUCCUUGUGACUGCAAGUCCCUUCUUGCCCCCCUCCCUCUACACCUGGCUGUGUCGGGUGUAGCCUGCUGUUCGGCUGCGCAUCAAAUAAGGGGAGAGGUGAGAGAAUGGAUGGUAGGCAAACUCAAGUGGCACAUAGGGGAGCUAGACGAGGUUCAGGUGGCAAUUUCAUUUGUGGGACGGGCUCAGUAGCCGUCUUCCCCUUCCACACUGUGUUUCUGCUGCCCCCUCCUUUUCCCACGUAUAGAUUCUGCAACUACUGCUGGCCCCCUGUUCAGCUGCACCACCACUGGAGCACUUAGUGGUAUAGGAGCUGUGCCUUAAUGGCCUUUGGUGCAUCCUUUCUCCAUCCUCGCCUUGGGGAAAGCAGCCUCCCUGCCUGUUAGGAAGUCUCCCUGCCUGUUCGGAAGUGGCUGCGUAAGCAGGAAAGAAAGGGGAUGUGCAGGAAAUGCAAGGUUAACUUAAAAAACAAAACAAAACCCUAUAAGCAGGGGGGAAUUUUGUGGUGCAGAUGCCCACCUCUCUUCCCUGCCCCCCAACACACCAGCUGUAGAUCCUUCCUAUUUUCCCUGCCACAGUAUUGUUUAGGUGGAGGCUUUCUGGGGUGCCAAGCUGUGUCCCGUCAGCAAGUGGGUAGGCUGGGUUUGUGUCAAAAUGCCAAUCUUGGUCAUGUGGGGAGAGACUCCAACUUCCCUUCGCAACUCCUAGAUGAACUUAACAUACAAGAGGAGACUCCUGACGAGAUGUGUAGCAAAAGCAGGUCAAACGGCUACCGGGACUAUUUUUGUAAAAAAAAAAAAUUACCCUGCGCUAUAUCACCUGCCCUAACAGAGCGGCAGAUUUCAGUUAUUGUUGCCAAAGAGAUGUAAAGAGUUAACUUUUAUCAAGGUUUCUUGG